CACACUUACUCGGCAACUGAUUUCAGUCGUGGGAACAGGCAGCGGAUACGAAGCAAAACAAGAAGAAGGGAGAAGAGAAGCAAACACAGCAAGCAGCCACCACAAGUGCACACAAGAGAACGCAGCGCGCACAGGUGACCAAAACAGGCUGAGACGAGCACGACCUGCCAAACCAGCACCCGCAAGAACCGGCCAAGACGGAGCAAGGGAAGCAGAGGCUGGGCGCUGGGGCAGGCUUCGGCGCGUGGGAGGGCGAAGACGACCGACGCGCCGCCGCCUUUGGAGCGCACGCUGCCGAGCUUGCGGCAGAGCGAGGUGAAGCACACCGACACAGCCAUCCAGGAGCACCGGCGACAUUUUCAGAGGCAGUACGCGCAGGCAUGCCGAGGCGAAGGGGCCCGAUGUCCAAGAUGCAGCUGAUCGGCCUUUUCCUCUUCGUGGCUGGCCUGAUUGCCGUGUUCUUCUCCUUUGAGGACCCAUGCCCAAACCCAAGAGUUGCAGCAGUCGCUGAGGGUGGAAACACGCAGGAUGCAUUGGGGAGUGGAGAGGCUGAGUGCAGCCGCAGCGGCCGUAACUUCUUGUUGGGGUCCGGCAUCAUUAUGAUCCUCCUGUUUUGCUGCUGCCCAGCGUUUGCGUUGGGAGACGCGCGUCCGUUCUACGAGCAGUUCCCCUGGCUUCGCCGCGCCAUGAACCGAAGAAGACAGAAAGCAGACGGCACAUACCGUGCCCACGCCGCCAGCUUGAAGGAGCAGCACCUCUAGGAAAACCCUUGUGCGAUACUUUUGUAAUGUCGCUGUGUGUAUGUGUGUGAGUGUGUGUGAGUGUGUGUGUGUGUGUGGGUGUGUUCGGUUUUGGAUUGCUUUGAGCUUUCAGGUCCUUGAUGGUUAAAUUCAGUGGGCCACUCACAACGCUAUGUUCCCCCAAGUUAGCGAGAAGUUGCCACUUGUGUGCGUGUUGGAGCCUUUCAGUUCUCCUUAUGUGUGUGUGUGCGUGUUGGAGCCUUUCAG